AUCCUAGGAGUUCCUCUGUGUUCCGGAAAACGUUUUUUAAUUUAUAGAUCAUGCAAAAGUUAAUAAGAUGUCCUUGUGUGCAGGGACAGAUGCUGUUGGAGCUGCAGUGUUGGUGGAGCCUCGGAUUUCUGCACUGCGCUUCUGCUCUGUCGCUUUUAGAGCUCCAGUCUGUCAUCAUGGAGGAGCAGUAGACGACCGGAGCCGAGUGAAGAGGACGAACCGCCGCCGACAUCCCGCCUUGUUGCUCCAGUAUCACCUCACGUCGAACCCGCAGAAACCCGGAGCUCUGUGGCAGCUUCGCUCGUUCAGCACCGCGGACAGCUCCGGAGCUUCGGGCCCGACCGGAGCGCGUCGCUCGGCCGCAGCAGAAUCACUGGCAUCCUGUCUGUCUGCAGGUGAUCCGUCCGCUCCGGAGACACCUGAGGAGGAACCGCCGCCAACAUGAAGCAUUUUCUGAGAGUGGUGACCCAGUUCUUCGUGUUCCUCUACUGUAAAUGUCUGUGGCGAGGCCUCAAGUUCGUCGUCAGGAAGUUCACAGGGCGCUGUGAGCUGCAGCGAAUCUGCUACAACAACAAGCAUGGAGCCCGCAGGACCCUCAAGAUAGAGUCGUCUAUGACGUACUCCAAAAAUGAGCUGCUGCAGUCUGCCCUCAGUGUCCAUCCUGACAAAGUGGAGAAGACCAUCGACAACAUCAUGGCCCUGAAGAAGAUCAACCCUGACACCAACCCUCAAUUGGGCAUCUCCCUUCAGGCCAGUCUGCUGCAGAUUGUGGGCUACAGGAGUCUGGUGGCCGAGGUGGAGAAGCUGCGCCGGGAACCGUAUGACUGCGAAAACGCUGAACAUGAGGAGAUGCUGAUGAAGUUAUGGAAGGAGCUGCGUCCUGACACUCCUCUCAACGGUCGCAUCUCUAAACAGUGGUGUGAGAUCGGUUUCCAAGGCAGUGAUCCCAAGACUGACUUCAGAGGAAUGGGUCUGCUGGGCCUCCACAACCUGCUGUAUUUUGCAGAACAUGACAAAGCCACUGCUCUGCAGAUGCUCCACGACUCCCUGCAACCAAAGCACAAUGAAGUAAACAAGCCUGAAUGGGAACAGAAGAACAUGGACAAAGCCAUUGGCUAUUCUUUUGCCAUUGUGGGCAUCAACAUCACAGACCUGGCCUACUCUCUGCUGGUCAGCGGAGCUCUGAAGACUCACCUGUACAAUGUGGCUCCAGAGAUGCCGAGUCUGCUGCACUUCCAGCAGACCUUCUGUUACCUGAUGCAAGAGUUUCACCGUUUCUGGAUCGAGGAGGAUCCCAGCGACAUCAUGGAGUUCAACCGGGUCCGUUCCAAGUUCCACCGGAGGAUCCUGAGGCAGCUGAAGAACCCGGACAUGGCUCUGUGCCCCCACUUCUCCGCCUCCGACCUCCACUUGGUCAACCUCUAAACACUCCCCCAUCGUCGUCUCCCCUACCUCUCCUCCUCCUCCCUUCAGUGAGCCCCAUUCCCCCCCCUGGAUGUCCAGUAGGGCAGCAAAAAAAAUCUAAUCUCCCCCCUCUUACACUCACAUUGAUGAUUCCUCAAUCUGCUGGACACAUCUGGGGAGGCUCUCUCUGCUCAGCCCAACUCAUCCCGGCUAACGUCAUGUCGCGUCACUGCCAACAGCUCACUCAGCCGCUGCACACACAAACAAACACACAGAACAUAAAACCAAACCAGUCUUGUUCACAUAAUUCAAUCAUUCUCACUGUGGGGACUUUCAUUUAGAGGAAGUUGAGUCCCCACGGUGUGAUUUCCGUUCACUGCCUCUCUGCCCUCACUGCAGCGUCAGACCACCAGCAUCAGAGACGACCAUAGCGAUUGUAGCUGUGCAUGAGGAGGCUGCACCAUCGUUACCUGUUGCUUUAACGAUUCAUGACGAUUGUAUCACAGACAUUACACCUCAGUUAGGAAGACCUUCUUUUAGUGCCAAAACCAAAUUUACUUUCUCAGCCAAAAAUAUCUCUGAGAUUGCAGCAUCGAUCCAGAUGUUUUGGCAGUUUUGUAUUGAAAUGAAGAGAUAAAACAUAUUUAAUGUACCUGCUGCCGCUGAUUCAAUCAAACUAUAUAUAGGGACACGUCACCUCUUAACUUUGUCUGUAUUAGCUAACUGCCACAGAUUGUAACGUACUUUUUUAUGUCAACAUUUACACCUAAGACUUCUCCUUGUCAAAAUACAGAAUGUGGAGACCUUUAACAAUCACAGCAGUUAGCAAGUUUUGUAAACCUGCUAAAAGAUGUUCACAAGUAUCCAAAAAUGAAUGUGUGUCCCAGUUCGGAUGUUAAAAAUCUAUAAAUUCUUCUUCUGCAAUGAGUAUUCAGGCUGAUUCUAUUCCUCAUACACCCAGAAUAAUAAUUUAAAAUCAUGCCGUGAGCAAUUUCUUUACAGGUUUGCAAAAGUGUUUUGAUUUGUCCCCAUGCAGAGAUUGUGUUCUGAAUGUUCCUCACAAUUGUUUGAUUCCAUUUUAAUCCAUUGAAUGUGACACUGUGUCCACUGUUGUAUCAGCCAAAGCAAUAAUUUCCCUUCAUUUCACUGCAAGCCUCUUUAAAUGUGUUUAUUUGCACCGUGUGUGCCUGAGUAUUUGUUUUGCUUUUGAACUCAGAGCUGGAAUGCAAAUCAAUUCACAGCGAAAACACGUAGAGCUGAUUAGAAGUAAACUGUCACAUUAAUUUUGUGACAUUAGUGGAAUCACUGCAAAUUUACUGGCAGGUGACAUUAAAUGUAGAGCUACUCCAUAGAGGAUGAAUUAGGUGAUGGGGAGAGUUUAAAAAAUUUAAAAUGGAGGCGUUGAUCAGCCAGUCGAUGCACCAACUGCAGAACUCCCACUGUCACACUAAAUUAAACUUCCUAUGAAGUCUGUUUUCCUGGAUGCUGGAUAUUUUUCAUUUAAAUUGCCAAUCUCGAAGAUUUUCAUUGAAAUAAAUAUCAGUCAAGUCAGAAUUUGUCUUCAACUUGAGACAACACAAUUCUCAAAUUUUAUUAUCAAGUUCAUAUGGUAGAAUUAUUUCAAUUAAACCUCCUUUGGGUGAAUCCUGAGCUUCAUCAGAGCUGGCAGGACAUUUUUAUGUGAAGAUAAGGCUGUCAUUGCGCUGAAAAUGACACUGCAAUGAUUACAUAGUUUUCUUGGAUUGGAGUUUUUAUCAGCAAAAAAAACCAAAACAACUAUCUGACUGAGAGAAGAUUGCACCUUUGCAGACACAAUACUGUUAGUCUUGAUAAUGCAACAUUAAAUUGAUAAAUAUAAUAAAUAUACUGAAUAUACAGCAAAGAAGCCAGCAGGUAUCAUUUGCUGCUUCGUAAUCUUGUUCCUUUAAGACGAGCACUAAUUUUUUAAGGUGAAGUGAGGUUUGAAAACACACCUGCAAUUACUGCUUAUUGCCACAGGUGUCACCAAAGAGCAGGAAAUGUAAAUCCCAGAGGUUGACAAUUUAAAUAAUUGAUUUCACAUUUAGUUUAUCAGGAAAAUGCAAUUUUAUAAUGUUUUACAAGAACGACCAAACCAAGAAGGCAGCAACAGACUAAUGACACUCUGCUGAUAGAUAUAUCACAGAUUCAACAGAAAUGCAGUUGUAAAAUUUUGAGCACAUUGGCUAGAAACAAUAAUAAAUCAUAGUCUAAAUGUAAAGCAGUGGUUCCCAACUUUUCUGAUACAAAAUAGAAGCAAUAGAAACUCUAAAAGUAAAGUUAUCCUCUACAGAAAAUAUAGACACAAAUCUGACAAAAUGAACAACAUAUUGCAGCAAAUAUGUUUUUUCUGCGUUCUGUCUUUGUUAGAUUCGUCUUGAGAAGUUUUGUAUCAUCACCUGACACCUAAGGGUCCUUUAAAGACUUUGUUUUGUUGCCUGUGGAGCAGCAGACUGAUUGUAAUCUCAGCUCUGAGUUACUUUUCUUUUUCAUUGAAUGAUAAAACACUUCUUCACACCUCUCUGGAACAUGUGACUGCACUGUAUUUAACAUUCAUUCACACUGAUGCUGUCGUCAUCACAAUACUGAAGAUAUAUACAAACGAUAUUACUGUUAUUUUACUGCCAUGCCUUCACUGUUGAUUGUGUUUGAAUAGUAUUGAAAACCUUUGUUCUUUUGAAGUGAAUGUUAAAGCUUUUGUCAGUAUUAACCAACUGUUUACUUCAGUGAAUGUCAGUGCUGGUUUCAUUUCUUGCUUGAGUUUUGCUUUGCUUUACUAUUGCACUAUUGUAAAAACAAAGCUGCAGUUUCCUUUAUGAUAAUAAAUCAGUAAAUUGUGGUGUUCGAGCCGAUGUGCCCCACAAUACUGUAGAUGAACUUAGGUACCUGCUGCUGUAUAUUCUGCUUUAAAGCUGCCUAUAAGACUCAGUCUGCAUGAUAUUUUCAUUGUCGCUCUGACAUUCUGUAUUCUUCAGUAAAGUACUUCUAGAUAUUGUAACGUUGUGCUUCAUUUGUCUGUGCUGUACUUUUUGAGACCACAAUAAAGACUAAAUGUCAGUUAAAAUGA